GCCACCAACAAACACACGGAGCGGGCUCGUAACUUUCUUUUGACGUGCUGUUAUUUCGGCUCGAUAGAAGUUUAACGAUAUCUUCAUCGUCACCUUGAAACACCGAAACUACUGCUGCUAAGAGGCCAAGACUAGAUCUUAAAAAUGAAGGGAAAAGUUGUAGCACUGCUGGUCUUCCUGAACCUGUGCUGGUUGCUGAUUGGUGGAGGUGUGUUCAGUGCGCUGGAGUGGCAGAAUGAGUCUGCCCAGAGGGUGAACUAUGAAGACUACCGCAGCCGUCUGCUACGAAACUUCUCUUGUCUGACGGAAGAGGAGGUGGCCAAUUUCAUCACGGCAGUAGUGACGGCAACCAAUGCAGGUCUGACUCUGGACAACUCCACUGCUGCUGACACCAGUAACUGGGACUUUGGGAACUCUUUUUUCUUCUCUUCAACAGUCGUCACAACAAUAGGUUAUGGUCACAUCUCCCCAUCUACCCGUGGAGGCCAGGCUUUCCUGAUCCCGUAUGCUUUAAUCGGCAUCCCUCUGUGUGGUCUGAUGUUGAACGGUAUUGGAGAGAACAUUGGGGGCUACGUCACAAAGAAGAAGGAACAGUGGGCUAAGAAACGCUGGUCCAAGAAAGUAAGCGAGAGGACGGCUGAAGUGCUGGUGAUGCUGAUCCUCUUCCUCAUGUUCCUGGUGUUCCUGGUCUUCAUCCCUUCUGCCAUCUUCCUGGCCCUGGAGGGCUGGUCCUACCGCAUCAGCAUCUACUACUCGUUUGUCACCCUCACCACCAUCGGGUUUGGCGACUAUGUACCAGGUCAAAACUCUGACCAGCGUGUGGUGUACCGCCUGGCCAUUCUCUGCUGGUUCAUGAUCGGUCUUGCAUGGAUGGCCGUCAUCCUGAACCAAGUCUCCACCUUCCUGACCGAAGUCGGCGUGAAGGCACAGACUGCACGAGACGAGAGGAGGAAGAAGAAGGAUGGAGACACGGGGGAGGGGGAGGACAACAAGGCCGCAGAGGAUGUGGAAAACUCGGAAUCAACAAAAUCAGUGAAACAGUCAAAUGUUGAGCUUAGAAGUAUGACUCCAAUAGAAUCAUGAAAUGCCAACAUGGCAACAGAGAUUGUGUUAGGGGACGGGAGAAUGCAACAUGACCAUGGAAAAUGCUAGAAGAGCUGACUUUUGCAAACAUCUUAACUUUGAAUGUGGCACGUAAAAUAUAAUGUCUGGAGAGACAGACAAUAUUGUUAAAGAUAGAAGAUAUUUCAGAAUGAAAGACUAUUCAAAAAGAAUAUACAACAAACAUGGAUUG